AUGAGACUCACGGAUAUUCCUGCAUUUUUUACCGCUACACCGAAAACCUCUCCUACACCAGCAAUUGCUAUUUUCUCGGUGCCCGUAUUCAAUAAUACUAUUGCAAGUACAGCGACACUAUCUUUACAACAAAGAUGGGCAGAACUUGAAUUGAAAUCCUCAGUUGAUUUCGAGAUAUCAGUAGGUUUUAACCAAUACAACUAUAAAACUAUGUACCGUAGCCAAAUUUUACAGCCAUUGAUCCGUGAUAGCCACGAGAACUGCAUAGUCUACCAGAUAUUGCUGGGUGGGUUGAGACAUCACGAUGAACACUUGGCGGAUGAAGAAAAGUACAAGACGUAUUAUGAUAUUCCAAUUGGUCCAAUUUAUAUAAAUCUGAAAUAUUUCCACAGCGGUAGCACUCUUAGUCAAAAUUCUCACCUAUACUCCACUAGGUUCUUUAAAGAAAAGAAAUCAAAGUACAUUAAUAAACGUGUAAGACGUUUCUACGCUUCGUGUAGCUCUAGUAUUUCAACGUUUGUACACUACGCAAGUAAAAAUGAGAAGAAAGUUGUUAGUAACAUUGCAGUCAUUGUCACAAUUGUGAGAUUGCUGAAAAUGUACGUCCACACUCUUACCGGGAGGCUUGACUGCCGCAGGUUAUUGGAAAGGACUGAGAUAGGUUGUACCAUGCGGAGAGUACAGGCCUUUUUUUUUGAUAAUGAGACUAUGGAUGGUAUAAUUGUAAAACGAAUUUUGUCGUUUAACCAUGAGGCAAAAUAG